AUGUCGCCAACGCCGCGUCAAACGGUCGAUGAGUCAGGCACAGGCGAGUCCCGUCCUCCUAAAAGAAAGCGACCCCCAAAGCAGGCCUCAAAUUCUGCUGUCACCUUUGCGCCACCGUCUCCGUCCCAUGGUGACAAGCUUGCAGAUGCUGUUGCUGCCGAUGUUUAUCAUCCGGGGUUCCUCGGCCCUGGAUCGUAUGCUGUUCUUCUUCCCCAGGAUGAAGAGCCCGGCCAACUACGCGAACGUGAAGAGUCUGUUGCGUCAGAGAGAUCGGACCGCGAACUCACACACCAGCAUACCCUGUCGAAAUCUAUGAGAUAUCAAAUGGCAUGUGACGUAUUGAGCACUUUCCGCCAUUAUAACGCGAUAAAGGAGCUUAUUCUCUGGUAUAACGCUAGCAACGAAGCAGGUGUUAUACCUGCUCAACUCCAAGUAGACGCUGUGAAUGCGUUAGAGGCUGUUGUUGACAAGCAUGACCUCCGACGGAAAGCUCCCAACUCUCAACUUAUAAGCCAAGUACUUGAGACGACCGCACGUCCCUUCACAAUAUCGCAGUCACUAGACGCGAGCGAUUUCCAUACGUUGUGUUCGGGUGAGAACCUACGAUUCGAGAUUAUCGGCUUUCUCCUCUCGACGGCCGGACGUUCGCUCACAUUCGGCUUCGUUCCAGAUAUCUUUAAUGAUCCUACUAACAAAGACAUGAAGCUUCGCUUCGCAGAUGAGUUGCUCCGCGCGAGUACGACUUGUCUCUUUUUGACAACGAUGCUUGCGACAGUCAACGAUUUGACAAUUUGGAUGUACUACGAGAAUUACUUAUUCACGAUCAUGAUGUGCGGGUAUGCUGGCCCACCUGGCUGGCGACGUAUUGGCGAGUUGUCGACACAGAUAUAUGCACUAGGUAUCCACCAGGAGAAGAGGUGCGCCCACGCUCCGACAUGGUUAGCGGAAACCCGUCGCAGGAUCUUUUGUUCGUCUUACAAUCAAGAUAAGUCGAUAUCUACUUUUCUUGGUCGUCCGAUACGUAUCAGCAAAAGGCACACUGAUAUAAAACUUCCUCUUGACCUGGCCGACAACGAAGUCACCGGUGAUCAGGUGGCAUUGGACUCUGCCAUAGCAGCAUUGGAUGUGGAUGGCUGGAACACCAAAGGCAGAUGGCUACGAGCGUCCUGGAUCCGUCUACGUCACAUAUCCCUACAAUUUCGUGAGGAAAUUUUGGAGUUCUCCCUCGUCAAAAUCGACGCGAACGCUGAAGUUCAACUACAAGACAUAUCCGAACGUAUACGCGCCUCCUGGGAAAUGCUACCAAAGCACAUGCGUUACUGGAAGACCUGUUGGGAAGAGGAUAUCCCUACAGUAGUCUGUUUGAUGCUGUGUAUCGUCCACCUUACCCACUGGUACAACGAGUUCAUGAUCCAGAAACUGCUCGACUACAGCCCUUUGACACUCAAUGCGGCCUUGUUGCGCGUGUCCGUUGAUCUACUCUCUAACACAUUGACCCUGGGUACGAUACGCGAUCGGUCUUAUGACGUUCACCGCGACAUGCUCAAUGCAUUAUUGCUGUUUGGCGUACCCGCUGCUUCGGUAUUAGCUACAGCGUUACGCGAGCAACACCGGACAGGCCAGCAGUUUCCCGCUGAUAUUUCCCGUGCAGAGAUCAUUCGCAUGCUUAGUGUGCUCAUCUCGCACCUUGAUGCCGCCGCGCACAUGGAGAAUUCAGGAGCGAGACACGGCGAGGCGAACUACAACCUUUGUCGCAAAGCGAGUAAGAUCUUCACCAAAGUCAUAGACACUGUAUUGGACUCCAAAUUUGUGGAAGAGAUCACGCCAGCGAGUGAUCAGCUGGGUUUGGACUUGGACCUAGACCUUUUUUCCGGCCCAGGAUUGGAUGGCUUUGAGGGCAUGGAGUUUUCGGGUCUGGGGAUGGGACUUGGUACGAGUGGGAGUGGAACCCUCGCCGAUAACGUGGUCGACUGGGGUGCACUUGGCCAGUGGAAUGCUUUUGGUGGACCUGUAUAG